UCGUUUGUUUGUGAUUUAUUCGUGCAUUCUGUAUCUCCUACCGUCUUUCUUUCUUUUGUUCCUUAUAUUCGAAGUUUUUGUUUCUUGAGGUCUAAAUCGGCGAGGUACGGCAAUGGCUAGUGCUGAAAGAGAAUAUCCUCUCUCCGCCAAACGGAACUGCUCUCGUCGACCUCGUCGACCUCGGGGACCUCGUGGAUCUCGUCAGAAGACGUUGUAUGAGGCAGACAACAGGCCAGUGCCAGCUGUCAUCGUAGAACCUGUACCUGUAAUACCUGGCACCAUCUUUAAUGUCUUUGGCUACAGUUUAUCUGCUUUCGGCGGCUGUGGGUGUACCACCAGCUGUGUCAUGUCCUACCUUGGAUAUGGUCCUGCGGCACCUUGUCUCCAUGGCACCAGGACAGACUCGGCCACGAACACCGAAGACUCGGAGUCGGACACCGCAGACUCGGACAGUUUGGUCGAGAUUGAAGACACGACUAUUUCCCCGUCACCAAACAAAUAUUUAUUCACCCCUCCUGCCCCUCCUACAUCCCGGUUGCAAGGACGACGUGGACGGCGCUAUAGACACGUGCCUCACACACCUGACAUCUUCAGGGAGCUGAAGGGGAUCAAAGCCAUUGGGCAGAGAGGACCAACACCAAACAUCCCUACCUCACCAGGCGCCACAACAGCACCAGUGUGUAAUAAUAGUAAGCCGCCAGCACUAAACACCAGUAAUGACAACUCCUCCCGGAGGGUGCAGCUCCUGCCUGGUGUGAGCAGCGCCCCCGUGUCGGUGGUACAUGUGGCGCCCUCUGUCCACCCGGAGUGGGCCCACCCCCUCAACAUAUGAAGCGUUAUGGAGAAGGACUUCACGCUGGACAACCAUCCAGGCAUCAUUCCACGAAGCAAAGCCUGCUUUAGUCUCGUCCCUGGAUCUUUGACGAGUUGAUUGUUUCCUGUG